AAAAAGUUGCAAACGACACAAGAUGGAAUUCUGAGCGGCAUGCUGCACAUGAUGGAAGUUUGCAAAGCCCAAGGUUUCGUCUAUGGGAUCAUCCUUGAGAAUGGUAAGUCUGCGACCGGGGCAUCGGAUAAUCUUCGUGGGUGGUGGAAAGAGAAAGUGAGAUUCAGCCGAAAUGCUCCCGCUGUCAUCGAGCAGUACAAGGUAGAUCAUGCAAUUCCUGAUACGAACAGAGGCCUUGGGGCUUUCCCCCCUUGUUCUAAUUUGCACGAACUGCAGGACAUCACAUUGAGAUCUAUCUUGUCUACUCUAAUACAGGGCUGUAACCCAGCUCAGAGGAAGUUCCCCAUCGAGAGGGGUGUAAGACCACCAUGGUGGCCCUCCGGAAACGAGGAAUGGUUGACUGAAUUGGGCUUCCCAAGAGAUCAAGAACCCCCUCCCUACAAGAAGCCUCAUGAUCUGAACAAGAAGUGGAAGCUUAUUGUAUUAACGGCUGUAAUCAAACAUAUGUCACCUAAUUUUGCCAGGAUCCGAAGGCUUGUUAAUAUGUCUAGGCGCUUGCACGAAAAGAUGACUUUCCAACAGAUUGAAACUUGGCAGGCUAUAAUUAAUCAGGAAGAGGCAUUAUACAGGAACCUCCAUCCUUGGAAUUUCUCUCUGAUAUCUUCUUCUGGUGGCAGCGGAUCCCACAUCACCAUCAGUGACGACAGCAGUGACCAUGAUGUUCAAGCGGUUGAAGUUGAGUCAAACAUGGAAGUACAACAGUCGGAGCCCAGAGAUAUGAAUCUGUCUAAUCUUGGGGGAAUAGCGGGAUUAGACAGUGCAAAUGAAAGAAUCACGGCUCAGCCAUCGGUAAGAGAAAUCAGUCACUUAGAUUUUUUCAGGAAGAGGAAGCCCUCGGAUGAUCUGCAAACCGUGGUAGACAGUAACCGUGAGCAUAAACGUCCAUGCCCUUCCGGCAAUUAUUGUAGUGGAUUUCUUGGCAGGACUUCGAGAAACGAUCACCUGGCCUCUAGCGCACAUGGAAUCUAUUCUUCUCAAGGUCUCGGCAUCUCAUCAAAUUUUCAGAUUAAUAAAGAGAGGGCACCACCAGUUUUCUCUAUAUUAUACCCUCAAUCGAGUCAAGCUUCUAUUUCAUCUAAUGCAAAUGGAAUUCAAAUUUCAUGCCAAAACCCAACUGCAACCCCACCACCUAUAGAGGACAUUUCUCGUUUUGAGAAAGAAGAUGAGCAUGUGGAGAACUCGAGAAACCAUCACCUGGCCUCUAGCGCACAUGGAAGCUAUUCUUCUCAAGGUCUCGGCAUUUCAUCAAAUUUUCAGAUUAAUGAAGAGAGGGCACCACCAGCUUUCUCUAUGUUAUACCCUCAAUCGAGUCAAGCUUCUAUUUCAUCUAAUGCAAAUGGAAUUCAAAUUUCCAGCCAAAAUCCAACUGCAACCCCACCACCUAUAGAGCACAUUUCUCGUUUUGAGAAAGAAGAUGAGCAUGUGGAGAACUCGAUUAAUAACUUAGUUUCGUCCUUUGAUCCAAAUGUUCCGCAGGUGAGGAAUCCUAAUAAUCAUGUGUGGUUUGAUGGGGUAAUAGAUGAUCAAAGUCCCAUCCGGAACAAAGUGCAACUUGUUGAAAGUAUGGGGGCUGGUCACAUCUUGGAAGAAACUAGCAAUGCAGUCGACAGUACUCCCAUGAGUCCAAACAUGAAUCUAUCCAUAAAUCAGAACUUAUUUCCAGUGCACGAAAUUCAGUUCGAGCAGAACCUAAUUAUAAGUGAUAUCACUACUGAUACCUUCAGUUUUAACUCUAAUUCCAACAUGGCAUAUAAUGAUUACCAGAUGCAAGAAGAGGGCAUUUCCCUGUGGAAUUUCUGA